AUGUCCUCUGAUGAAUCACGCUCUAGCGAAACGGCGGAAGCCCGUGCUGCCUUUACGGCUUCUCUCAAAUCUGUCGGCGCCAAUCUUGAUGCCGACCUGCGCACUCGAGCCGGAACUCUGCAUGACAACGCAGCUGUCAUAGACAAACAACAGGAAGAUCUGAAGCGGACCACCCAGGAUGUAUCUAAACAGAGCAAAGAGCUGGAAAAGCUGCUGGAUCAAGGCCAAAAUGGCUUAAAGGAGGUUGGCGAUUUGCAGAACUUCGCGGAAGUCAUGGAAAGGGAUUUGCUAGUUCUUGAGGAGACGUUGAGAUUAGCGGAAGAGGAGGAUCAGAGGGUGGGAAGAGUUGAGAAGCCGGCGCAGAGUUGGCUGAAGAAGUGGCUUUAG